AUGGAUAAUCUUGUUGUGACCAUCAAGAAAUUACGUAUUCAGAUCCAGAAAAAUGAGGAUUACAUUACUUACCUGGAGAAAGAGAUAACUACAAGAGAUGACGAGAUCGAUAUUCUCCGAAUACAGGUAAACGAUCUCAAAAUAAGACUCCGGAGAGCAGAGGCGGAUGCACAGUCCAAUGAUAAAAAUAUAUCUGCUCUCGAACUCCAGUUACAAGAUAUGAGCAGUGAAUUAUUCUCCCUUCAACAUAGAAUCCAAAAACUUCGGGAAACAAUGACAUUGGAUAUGACACAUCUACCAUCCACAAAUACACCAGUUUUCAAUUUAAUAACAGAUGUGAGAACAAAUAUCAAGCUUUUAGGUGAUUCAGCUAGAGGGGAUAAUACUCUUUUAAAAGAUGAAAUUGAUAAUUUUCAGACACAAGCUGAAUUAAAAUUAACGCAAAUCCAGAAUGGAUGUUAUACUUUUGAAAAUGAAGUAACUCAGCUAAGGCAGGAAGUUAUAAAUUUAAAGGAUAUAAAUUUCAAUCAACAGGAGUUAACCAAUGAGCUGGGUACAUUAAAUGAAACUCUCAAAGAACAGAUAGAUGUGCUAUCUGAAAAAAAUGAGACCAUCCAAAUCGAAUUAGUCGAGAAAGUGAGGUUAUAUGAGCAAGCUCAAGACCGGUUAAAUGAAUGUCGAGAUAAAUGCUAUCAAAUAAGAGAAUCUUUGGAAGGCGCGCAUGAAGAUAUUACAGAAGGUGAGUUUGCAUAUGAUGAAUUAAAGCAGAAAUUGCCAAGGACCGCUUGGAGAAAUCAAAGAAAUAGAAAUCAGAAUAUUACUCAGGAGUUACAAAAUUGCCGAGAACAUGUUAACCGAACCAUGGCCCAACUUCAGGGAGAUGGCCAUGCUCGAAUUACGGGGCACUUAACUCCAUCCGCUCCCGUAGAUCUUAAUGGAAGAUUAGUGGCGGCCGAUGCCGGUGCUGAUCAGUCUGGUAAAAUCACGCUUUCACGAAAUGAUCUCAAAAAAUUUAUAACUGGUUUGAAAGGAACUAUUGCUAGAGGAGACCGUGCUUUGAAGAAACCUCCAGGUCCGGGAAAACAAAAAGCAGAUAAUCUUUCUAUGAAUCGUUUUUUAGAUCAGUUUAUAGAUGGUACGAGCGAACCUGGAGAAGGUUAUGACUAUGACCCGAUUGAUGAUUUGAAUAUUCGUAAAGAUCUUUCUGCUGCAAAAUCCAAGGCCGAGAUAGUUACAAAAUCCAAGAAAAUUAGAUCGCUUGAGUCUAUGAUCAAGAUAUUGGAAGGUAAGUUAGCCUCAGCACAGAAGGAUGCAUUUUCGACUCAAGAAGACUCACUAAAAAAAGAAUCUGAGAUAUUGUCCCUUAAAUCUAAAAUAGCCGAAGUGGAACAAAUGAAAAGUGAACUGUGGGAGGAAUAG